AUGUUCCAGCAGGCCCACGUCCCUCCUGCACCGAGCUCUCCCCACCCGGACGCAGCACUCCGGCCGUUCUCCCAUCGCAGCGCAGUGAGGCAGAUCACCUCGCCCCGCUGCCCGCGCGACAUCGAUGCAGCCCAGAAGAACCACGGCCGCGGCCGCGACCUCAGCACGCAAGAGUACUAUAUCUUCUGGGAGGUAAAAAGUACAUCGAGAAUUCUGUUUAAAUAUCUUCAUUUGUUACUAUGGGAAAUAAGUCUAUGCAAUCACUAUUUUUGGUACAGUUCCAAAUUCUGUGGGAAUUAUAACUUUCUUAAUACACCAUCUCUACAGGGCCAGAAUGGACAGAAGAAAUACCAGAUCAAUCUUAAAAGUAGUUCAGGACCUAUCCAUGUACUGCUUAUAAACAGAGAAUCAAAUUCCUCCAAGCCCAUGGUGUUUCCAGUUCCUCCACCUGAUGACCUUGCACAAACCCCCUCUCAGCCUGCAGCUCCAGUGAUUCCCCUUAAACCUACUCCAGCUACUGAAAAUCCACCAGAACAUGGCCUUAACCAGGAACAACAGUUGCCAGAAACAACAGUGGACACACGGUCAGAAAGCAGUUUGCAGCAGAACAGUACAACUCCAGCAACUCCUUAUUCUAGCCUUCCAGACUCAGUGUUGUACCCCAGCCUUUCAGGAGAUGUCGCCCAAGCUACAGCGAGCUCCAAUGACUAUCAGGCUUUGCUCCCUUUGGAUGUUAACUGUAUCCUCAAGCCAAAUUCAUUUGACAUAGGAAAGAUGGAGGAACCCACAGGAAAUAUUGGUGGGGAUAUUAUUGACGAACUUAUGUCCUCUGAUGGUAAGUAUUUAGCAUCCUUGCUUGCAGAUAUUAAAAAAGUAGCAGCAUGGUUUUUAUAUGAACAGCACUCUUGGUAGGUGUCUUAAAUCUCAUAUCAAGAGCCAGUAUGAUACUACUUCUUUCCCCUGUACUGCCUCUUCUAUCUUUGUCAUUCUCAUCUUCGCACCCCUGUCUGUUCCCUGCAACGCUUUUAUUUAACAGUCAAAAGAUGAAAGCCUUAAUCCAGCAAGAACUUACAUGCACGAGUAACUGAAGAGUACUUAAUUUGAGAAUAAUAAAGAACAGGUUGAUGACUCGAGUGCUGCCUUAAAAAAA